CAGCCGGUCGUUUGUUUUUUUUGUUCCGUUCCUCGCGGCAGCGCUGCGGCGUGACGUCACGCGCUGUAACGUAACCCCUUUCAUCAGGGCUGCAGCGACAACAACAAGGAAGUGUUGAGCGAAGAGGGUCGCCGCCGUUGCUAAAGCUAACGAGUCGCCUGAACCUUUCGUAGUCGGGUGAACCGUCGUUCUCGUUCAUUCGUUUGCAGCGCCGCCAUCAUGAACAGCAAAGGUCAAUACCCUACACAGCCUUCCUAUCCAGUUCAAUCUCCUGGUAACCCGUCUGUGUUCCCACAGACCAUACAACUUCCUCAGGCUCCACCUUAUUCUGAUGCCCCUCCUGCCUAUUCAGAACUGUACCGCCCAAGUUUUGUACAUCCUGGAGCUGCCACUGUACCUACCAUGUCUGCAGCUUAUCCUGGUGCUUCACUGUACCUUCCUAUGGCUCAAUCUGUAGCUAUGGGGCCAAUGGGCUCUUCAGUUCCAGUGGCUUUUUAUCCUGUUGGCCCUGUCUAUCCUCCUGGAUCUGCUGUACUUGUGGAAGGUGGCUUUGAUGCUGGAGCAAGGUUUGCAACUAAUGCUCCUGGCAAUAUCCCUCCUCCUCCUCCUGGCUGUCCUCCCAAUGCAGCCCAGCUGGCUGUCAUGCAGGGUGCCAAUGUGCUAGUGACGCAACGGAAGGGCAACUUCUUCAUGGGGGGCUCCGAUGGUGGCUACACCAUCUGGUGAAGGAAGGGGGGGGGCUACAUUGGUGUAAAGGAACGACAUCACAUACUGUCAGCACUUCUCACAAUGUAACCGCUUUAGUCGUAUUAACCUGGAGUUGCAAUUUAGACACAUGAUGAUGCGGGGUGUCUUCCUGGU